AUGAGUAUGUUUGCCCAAAGCGAGCGCGAUUUCCGGGCUGCUCGAGUCUGCAACUCCGUGGCCUCGCUGCUCACCAUGUCACUAGCUUCGAUCGUCUAUCCAUGCGCAGCAGUAGCAUUUCUCCGCCAGUUAAGACAGAGCAGGGUGCUAGCCGACAAAUGUUGGAAUGACCCGAUGCAUCACCACGCUCCCACUCCUGCUCAUUUUCUGUCAGCAGGCAUGAACAAGGGCUCUCUUCUUAGCACCACCCUAGUUCUCUUCGGCGCCAGAUCCUAUCUCAAUAUAAAGCGUAUCAUGCCGGUUCUGAAUAGGGAGGCUGUAUAUGUAGACAUCCUUCCCUUUAUCAAACUACUCCUGGGCGUAGACUACCAAUCUAUAUCAAUGGAUGUAGAUCAGUGCGUCAAAGAUGCCAGCAUCAAAUUCAGGUAG